UUAGUUAAACAUUAACCAACAAUCAUGGUGUUUCCAAAUUGGCUGUGCUUUUUAGUGUUAAUUAAAGUAGUAUGUGAAGCGUACGAAAUUCCAAAAGUAAAGUUCGAGGCAUUUUCGCCUUCUGGAUUCAAAGUAACAUUACCAGCGGACCCGAAAGAUAGUUUUUUUGCCUUCCACGGCAAAGUUAAUCAAGAAAUUAGGGUAAUCGAAGAAGGAGACUUCUUCGGGGAAAUUAAAACACCAACCGAUGGAUAUUUCGUCUAUAAUAAUCCCAAAUUACGACUAAAUCUAGGAGAUGAGGUAAAUUAUUGGAUAUAUAUUCAGCACGAUUUUCUCGGAUAUAGACAAGACAACAGGACAUGGAGAGUGACAGAACUCCUUUCCAAGGAACCAGAUAAUUGCAAGGCAAGCAAAUCGACAGUAACGGGACGAGUGAGUGUAUGCAGUGGCGCUACUGUAUUUCAGGAUAAGUUUGAUGGAGUUGUAUUGGACAACAAUAAGUGGCUAGUAGAGCAAUAUAUUCCAGAUGAUCCGGAUUAUGAAUUUGUCACGUACCAAAAAGAUGAUACCGUUGUUAAAGUACAAAAUAAUAACUUAGUAAUUCAACCAAAACUUCUAAGUAAUAAAGAUAUUCAGGCGAGCAUGUUAGAUUUAACAAAUGGCUGUACGCGAACAGAAUCUAAAAGAGCACGAUGUAAAAGCAAGAUGUACUUGUUACAAAAUCCUGUAAUUUCGGGACGAAUAGUCUCUAAAACCUUCUUCUCAUACGUUGAUGUUGAGAUAAGAGCCAAAGUGCCUUCAGGAGAAUGGAUGUAUCCAGAAAUGUAUCUUGAAGACGAAAAUUACAACCGAUUGGUUAUAGCAUAUACUCGUGGCAACAAAGUGUUAACAGGAAAUGAUGGGACAGAUAUUGGCGGUUCGCUCUUAUUUGGAGGCCCUAUGUUAGGAUUUAGUGAACCUGCUAAAAGUUCAAAACUAAGAAGUACCCGACAGACUGAACCAUUUAGUAAUAAGUUUCAUGUUUAUAGACUGAGAUGGACACCAGAUCGAAUUGAUUUAUAUAUAAACGGUGCAAAAUUUGGAACCCUAGAUGCGUCUUCAAUUAAAUCCUCAUUUACACAAAAUCCACCAGCUCAAGCACGUUUAGUCUUGGGGAUAGGCGUCGGAGGAAUUAACGAUUUUCCAGACGAUUUUAUGUCAGGAAGUGUACCGAAACCCUGGAGAAAUAGAAACAGUUUACAAGUUAAAUCAUUUUACGAAAGCAGAAAUCAGUGGUUACCCAGUUGGAAUACCGGUGGACAGUUGCAAGUGGAUUAUGUUAGAAUUAAAUCAAUUUAAAUUUACUGCGUUUUUAUUGUAUUAAAAUUUUAUAUUUU